CACAGAGAGAGAGAGGGAUUGAGAGGGAGAGAGAGAGAGAGAGAGAAAGAGAGAGAGAGUAGAAGGUAGCUGAUUCUGUAGAAGCCCCAAGGUGCAACAGUUAGGUGGGAUCCUACCACCUUAAAACUACUGUGUGAUUGCAGUACUUCCUUACGGUCACUAUCUGCAGUGCCAUCAGCAUUUCUGCAGCUUAAUUACCUUGGAAUAACAGGACAGGUGGUCCACAUACAGUGUGUAAGACACCCUCUGCCAGGUACAAUGUCACUUUAGGAUGUGUCUGUGCACAUCAGCCCUAUCAGUGGGAGAAGAGGAAGAAUUCGAUCGCACUUUAAAUGUGUAUGGUCAUAUUUGCCCCGAUUUUUGCAAUCUUUGCAUUUGCGACAUGUGGGAGCUACAGUGGAGAGUUCCGUCUGAGUGUGGAAUGCAAAAACAGGACUGAGAGUGCUCCCAACAUCAGGGUGGAGUUCGAAUAUCCCUUCAGGCUUCACCAGGUUUAUUUUGAUGUUCCAACUUGCACUGGGGAGAAGGCGAGACUGUUUCUGAUAGGCGACUACUCAUCCUCAGCAGAAUUCUUUGUCACCAUUGCUGUUUUUGCAUUCCUGUACUCCCUGGGUGCCACCGUUGUGUAUUUCUUCUUUCAAGCCAAGUACCGAGAGAACAACAAGGGACCCAUGAUUGAUUUCAUGGUGACAGUUGUGUUUGCCUUCAUGUGGCUGGUAAGCUCUAGUGCCUGGGCAAAAGGUCUGUCAGAUGUGAAAACUGCUACAGAUCCUGAUGAAAUUAUUAAGCUCAUCAAGGCCUGCGGGAAUGAGGAAAACACAUGCAAGGAGCUGCAUGACCCAGUAAUGUCUGGCCUCAAUACCUCUGUGGUCUUUGGAUUCUUGAACUUCAUCCUUUGGGCUGGCAACAUGUGGUUUGUAUUUAAAGAGACCGGCUGGACUGCCCCAUUCAUGAAAUAUCCUCAGGCAUCAAUGGAAAAGCAGCCAGCACCUGAUUCCUAUGGCCAACCCUACAGUCAGGGCCCAGGUUAUGCACCACAGGACUCGUAUGGCCAAUCUGGAGGCUACCAACCAGAUUACAGCCAACAAGGAUAUGGUCAACCAGGGGAAUAUGCACCGCAAAGUUACGGUCAAGGCGGGUAUGGACAGGGAGCACCAACCUCCUUCUCUAAUCAGAUGUAAACUGAGAUUGCGUGACUGGAGGCUUGGAAGAUCUUGCUAGUGUGUUCUGCAGGAUGUGUCUGUGAAUUUCAGUGUUCUGUCGUGAUGUUCCUAAUGGUGGCAUGAACACUAUGGAAGUGGGGGAGGGGGGAUUUAAAAAAAAAACAGGAGUAACUAUUAAAUGAGCGAAUGUAGUUAUCUGUGAUGUUUAUAUUAUAAAUAUAUAUAAACAGAUAUGAAAUUAUAUGUAUGUUCUUACAUGGAAUUACUAUGUUUAAAAUAAUGUUCUUAACACUGAAAGAAGAUAUUCAGAUAAUUCAAAUUAGUAUAAAUAUGUGUUAUUUUAUUUAUUUAUUUAUUUUUGCAGUGAAGUCAGUAAACCUUUGUAAGGAGGAUUGAUGUAAAAAAUACCUGCACGUAUACUAAAACAAUUUCUGACACAAAUAAGCAUAUAUUAUUUAAGAACACCUGUACAGACUGCGCAUUAGGACAGGGGUGUGUAAAUCAAAUGAGUUUGCAGUUACAGAGAUCUGAGAAUGUCAGCAGAAGAAACAAAGAACUGAGCAAAGAAGUCUGCCUUCUCAAAUGUCAACUGUGGUGUGACGGGGCACUGUCGGUACUCCGCUUAUGUUUGUGCAGGUGAUGGCUGAAAAGGGUACAUCUAAAAGCACAAGCACAGAAUGUCUUACUCUCAUAUUCUAACCUCCAUGUUUUAGUUGCUCUUUGUCUCACAGAUGUAAAUGGAGAUUUGAUGGCAGUGGAAUUUAUUUAUUGUUUGCUCUUGUAUUAAUACAAGUAUGGUGCUGUGUGCCCCUUUUAAUUAAUAGUUGUUAUACCUGUAUUUGCUGAGUAAUUUAUUUAUUUAUUUUUGUUCAUGUUUGAUAUUGGCAUCACUAUCCUGCAGAAAUACAUAGUUUUAUUUAAUGUAGUAGGGGUUGUUGCUGUGUUCACUCUGCCAAAGAUUUUUUUUUAAUUUAAAUAUUAACAUGAGUUCUGAUGCAAGUCUUUUUGUUUAAGAUAUUUGUUGAGAAAAACACAAUAAUUUACAUUUGUUAUGAUAUGGAAUGGUGAAUAACCUCCCCAAUAUUAAAGUACAGUUCAUGGAAUGUUAGAGCUGUUCAACAAAAGGCCACAACACUGCAGCACCAUUAAUGUUUCAUACUGCAGAAUAUCCAAAAUUGAAAUUUGAAUUUCUGAUGUAAGAUACGUUUUCUUAAUUUUAGCACAUUUCUAAGGCAAAGAUUUUUUUAUGAUCAGAACUGGUAUUAGGUGAGUGGUCAGGGAGGGAGGGAGGGAGGGAUCCUGUUCCAUCACACUAUUUGCAGUGAUUAUUUGGACACCAGUAGCAAUUGCACUCAAACAGUUUAUUCCAUUUUGAGAAUUACUGCCUAGUGAACUAAUAUCAGAUAGAAUCCCCUUCUAAUAAUUAUGUAGGGUAAGAGAAGAAGGUGCAUUGAAAGGUGCAUAAAUGGCAACAAUUUCAAAGAACAGUGAUUUUCACUGCUUAACAUUGUAAGGGCCCUACAGAGGCCUGAGGACAUUUAUAUUCCAGUGUACAGAUUAGAUAUAGGUUCCCAUUGGCCAAGUCCAAUGUGUACAUUAGAUACAGGCUUCUGUGGCUAAUUUCAUUGUAAACACAAGAAGUAGGCUACCAAUUGGCUACAUUAUAUGUUGUCUAGGUUCUGACCACUGAAAUGGACAGAGUUUUAAUGGGUUGUGUAAGAGAGGGUGCAGCUGUAAAUUUGUUAGAAUUUACCAGGGUGAGGCAUGGCUGUGUGACUGCCCACAAUCAAGGACAGAAUUUAACUGACCCUCUUUUAAAAUGGCUACCUAAUAUGCUGAUUCCAAAAUAAAAAUAUUUUGCAGGUAUAAAUAAACUUCAUCUUAUCCUGGAACCUUGCACAUCUAACUGGAACAUCCAUCCGGUACAGUUGCAUAACUUGGCUCCAGAAGGUGGUGUGUUAAGAGUGAUGUUAUUAAGCAUUAUUCAGAAUUUAAUAACUACAGUUCUUGUCCAAGGAAAGGGUUGUAAUAGCGUAAAAGAAGAUGGUAGUUUUUUUUUAUGUUUGUUUUUGUCAUUUAGUGUACAAUUUUUCAUUUAAAGUCUUUUUUGUACUGAGGCUAGUUGUCUUUGGAAAAAAUAAUGAAAGACAAGACCAGAACAGCAUUUACACCAUUACUUUUUGCUUCUAAUAAUUUGUACUUUAAGUUCAAGACAAAGUGAAUCAAAUAACAAGAUGUAUUGCGUGGGGUUUAAGAACUUGUUGAUGAUAACUUUCUUCAAGUUUUUUAGGGACCAGACAGACUGACAUUCUUUUUCUUCAGUAACCUUCACAUUUUUAAUUGCUGUCUUCAUUAUUGCAAACUGCUGCUGACAAUGGCAUGCUGUAAUUGCAAAAUGCUGCAUACAAUGGCAUGCUAUACAGUUAGUAAACUUUAAUACUCCUUUACCCAUAUUCUGUUCAUUGACUGUCUAAUCUUCUCACUCUGAUCCCAGUGAAAAAGAAAUGCAAUUACUUGUAAAAACAGACUAUGUGGUUAAGUUAUAUUGACUUGUGUUAACAUGUUCCAGUCUCCCUCAGAUGAUCUGGCCUUUGCAAGCCUGUGAUACAGAUAGUUAACAACCAAAUGCUAGUUGAGUCACAAAAUGAACUGAAAAGACGUUUUACUAAUACAUUGGCAAUAUCUCACUCUACCCAGUCCCCUUAGUUUUAGUAGCAUAACUUGAUAGAGCAGGAAGAGUUCAUUGGUAACAUCACAUCGGCACAUCCCACUCUCCAGGAAAGAAAAAAACCCAAUCAAGCCAUGUCCUAUGUUACGUUUAUGAAACCUCCUGAAGUUAUUGCACUGAGUGGUGGUUUGGGUAUGACAAUAGGCCAAAUCUCACUGCAGAUGUUAUGGGAUGUCUUGACACCCGGACUGCAUGAGAGCCAAACUAUGUUUAUGUUAGGCAAGCUUUGAAGGCGGUCUAGAAGGUAAAGAAAGUCGAGCUGCAGAUGUGCUAUUGUUUUCAAUCCAAAAGGGGACAGGGCAGGUAAUUAAGAGAUCAUCACCAGUCUUUUACUUCACCCUAUACAUUUUCACAAUAGUCAUGAUUAGAUCUCUGUGCCCUCCUAAUCUCCCUCUUUUCCGUAAAGAACAUUUGGGAGUGAGAUUACAGGGGUACCAGCCCUCUCUGCCCUUUACUUCCUUAAAAUGAAAUGAUAUUUAUUGUAGAAAAAUAGUAAUUGAGUAUGAAAGUCUUGGAACAGCAAUGCCAGUGGCACCUACUCACACAUGUUGUUAAUGUGAAAUAGGAAUCUACACAAACAAUGUUCACUUUUAUUUCCAAACCCAGCUGAAAGAGGGUAGCUAUAAUAAAAUAUUAAUGAUGCCUUUUUUCCAACCACAGUCACAGCAGCUCCAAAUCCUUUUUCCUACCAUGAACUUGGUGUCCUUAACAGAGAAUGCCAUAUUAUACCUCAGGAUUAGUAAAGGUGGGAAAAUAUCAAAAUAUCAUAAUGUUAGGACGUGAGUAGGAAAGGAACAGUUGAACAAAAGAAGAUGAACUGGCCACUCUCUCUAAAGGUAUGAUUCAGGCUGGAGUUAAGGAGGCACUGUAUCUCAAAGAGGACUGUCUGUGAGACCACUGCAGAUUUUGACCAAGCUAAUUGUAUAAUGCAGGUCAGUGGACUUGUUCAAAGAUGCAUGAGAUGACUGGAAAUUAAAGAACAGGAGUCUAACCACUGCAAGAGAAUUCUCUGCAGCACUUGUGCAAAAUCACUGGACUGUUAUAGUCUGCCCCUCAGCAUGUUCAUACAUUCAUUACAUAAUGGUCACCAGGACAUCCAAGGUUUCUUAAGUAUGAUGUAAUUUAGAAAUACACCUUUGGUCACUUCUCAGGCAGACCACAGCCUGUAGGUUCUGACACUGGUACCAUUGCUACUUAGUUAUGUUCUCAUAAGAGGUCCUGUAAGAGUAGUCCAUUGUUUUCAGUGACUAAUGUAUAGAAAAUGUAUUUAUUUUUAUUUUACAUUUGUUGGCUGGGCUAGUCUAGCUGGAUACAUGUCCAUUUUCAGUAGAGGCCCAGGGAGAUAAGCUCCAAGCAUUAGUAAAUUACAGAAAGGAUUACAAUAAUUAAAAACGACUAAAUUCAAAUACAAAGAGAUUAAAAAUGAUUUGAGAGAAUCAAAAUUGUUUCUAUGAAUAAUGGCCCGCAGUCUGUGCAAGGUUUAAAAUACAAUAUAAAAGUAAAAAUUGUGUCUAUGAAUAAUAUCUCACAGUCUAUGCAAAGGUUAGAAAUACAAUCGAGUACAAGAACACUCAGAAUUCUAAAGUAAUGAUUUGUAGGUCAGAGAAAGAGAAAGAGAGAAAAGUAGAAGAAAGAAAAAAACAAGGACUAGAAUAAAGUUAGAUUCUAUUGAUUAAAGCUGUAGAGGGGACAGAAGCCAGAAGGAAGGGGUAUAGAAAGAAGAGCAUUAAGGGGGAGAAAGUAGGAUUUAGUCAGGUUUAGAACAGGGACAAAGCCAAUGAAAAUUCUUAAAUAAUUAAGCAAAGAGAACUAGAGGCACACGUAGUGGAUGAACAGAUGCUAAGGUAUACUAAAGAAAAAAGUUUUGUAACCACAAAUGACAAGAAGAGAUUUAAUAAAACAUAAAACAAAUUGUCAGACACUACAUCCUGCUCUUUUGCUACCAGAAGGUCACUGUACUUGUGUAAUUUAAAUGGCAUACCUGGAAUUAGUGGCGUGCACCAUCUUCAGCUCUUGGGCAAACUAGGAGAAAUUGGUACAUCACUGCUUUAAUUAAAAUUUCUGUGUUAGCAGCUCAGUGAACAGUGCCUGCACAACCCAUAGCAGCUGCCGCUACUAAGUAAGAAAUCAGGUUUUUUACACCUCUGCACUGAUGAACCCAAAAUGUGGUGUUAGCAUUAGAACUUGUACAUUAGUAAUACCUGAAGAACUUUUAUAAACUAGUAUUUUACUUAUCACCUUCAAAUUAGGAAAUUUGAUAGAAACUGGCCCUUUACUUAUCACCUUCAAAUAUGCUUUUAUUACUUUUUUCCUUAAACAUCACCGUUUUAAGAAAGGCAUGUAGUGGUUACAAAGAAAGACAGAUGACAGUCAGUCUUGUGAGCAGACAGCUGGCUAUGUGAUUGUAUGAAGUAACAGCACUCCCAGAUGUCUUCUCCUUUGUAUGCUGCAAAUGCAAAAUACACUUAUUAGAUGAACCCUACUAGUUUUGAAGACUGCAUUUUAUUUCAUUUUUACAUUCUUCAGUGAACUAUCAGUAUAAUUCUGACUCAGUGAUACAGCCUACCAAAUGACCUCUCAUAUGUCUUUGGGUAGCAUUAGUGGAUUAUUUGCUUUGCAUACCUUUGUUCUGUUUACAGUGUCACUUUGGAGGAUGUCUUUAGGACACCACCUGCUCAGUGUCAGACCCCGUUUGCACUGAGCUAAAAAUGGACUGGCUUAGCAGCUUGAGGGUACCAUUGUAGUAGACUAAAAUGAGGUACCUCAUUAUAUCUGAAAGGGGGGCAGGCUGGCUUUAACUUAUGGUUAUGUAUUCAUUUGUUCUGGGUCAUAUCUGCAAAUGUCUUCAAAAUAUUUAAAGAAAUAUGGAGGACGUGCUUGGAAAAUAAGCAUGGUGUGCUGAAUUAGACAUUUUUCUUUCUGUUUCUGGCUGUAGCCAAGUGGCAUUAUGGUCGAUGAAGAAAGGAACUGUCAGUUUUUGGUAUGCAUAAUUCAGUUCUGUUAGUUUGUAGGAUUUGUCCUACUGAGGAAUUCAUGCAAAACAUCCUUUCAUUUUUAAAUUUGUCAUAGCUUUUUGUUGUUGUUGUUGGUUGGUUGAACUGAGGUGGGCAUGGGGUUAUACUGGUGUGUUUUCACAGUUGUAGUAUAUUUAGGUUUAUUCUAGUUAGCAGGAGCUAUGACUGAAUUCACUGUCACUUACACUGUAUAGCCUGAUGAAGCUGUCUUAGGAAUUAGCACUCCAAGCCUGCGUUGUGUUGCUGAUGGUUUAUUACAGCAAGCAAGAGUAGACCCUGUUAGACACCAGUUCAGGCAGCAAGGAAUAGUUAUAAAUAUAACUUGAAGAAAUUUGUUUCAUAGGCAUGAAAGGAACAAAUAGAAUAUGUUAACAUUGUUUUAACUCAACACACAAUAUCUUCAUAUAAAUUUUCAGGAAAGUACAGCAGACACAGCACUGAAGAUAGAUAUGCUGGGCUGGGUAUUAAAUAAUACCAGUGAACAGACUAGUGGUCAGAUUUCAAAACAAUUUGCACUUGGGGUACCAUACCAUCUGAAGCAGUUACUCAGUGCUCAUUAAAAAAAAUCAAUUUACAUUAGCUAAUGGGAAAUUGUGAAGCCCUAUAAAUAACUUGAACAGCAUUAUUGGACAUGUCACAGUGAAAUACUUUGAAAGAUAACACAAAUGUAAAGACUCAAAAGAAAAUGUGUUGCACAUUCCAAUGAAUAAUUUGUUGUGACUUGUGGUAUAGCUUCAUCUGUGUGUUGACAGUAUAAUUGCAGACAUGCAAAGGGUGGAAGCUGCAUAUGCCUGUUGUUACACUUCCAGCCUAUAGGUGGAGCUGUUCUAAGCCUAGGGAUGUUUUUCAGUCAUGUGCAUGUGUUGUAAUGCUACACAAUGGCUUGUCCACGAACAAAAAACUGUUCUGCAGUCAAACUUGCUUUAAAGAAUAGUUACCAAACUCUACAGAGUGUCACUGAUUGUGUGACAAUCCUAAUACCACUGCACAAUAACAUUUUUUUUGUCAUGCAUGCAGCAUAGCAGCCAACAUACCUGUAGUGCUGUGGAGCUGGAACAACUCACAGAUCACUGGGGACUAUGCAAGGGUGUUCAUGCAGAAUCAGACUACGCUAUACAUAGGUAACAGGAUUCAUUACUGUAAGUUGUUUCAGAAACUAAUCCUUUGAUUUGCACAGCAUUCCUUGUAGGCUAUUAUGCAGAGUCUCCUAGAAGGAUUCCAACUAUCAGUAUGAUUACACAUCUUGGUGGUGCAGAACAUCAAUCUUGGGGUAGGGUUACAGAAUGGCAGAGGUCCUUCACAAAUUGAUGCUUUUGUGUUUACUGUGUUUUUUAUGUAUGCUUUUCUUUAGGUCCGCAGAUGAAAAAAAGAUAAUGGACAUUUGACCCCCCCCCCCAGCAAGUGAUAAAACAUCCUUGCAACAGUUUAUAGUAUUUUACCCUUGUUAAUUAUUUAAAGCUAUUACUCACAGUUGCCUGUUCUUAGGGGUUACGUGGCAGCGUUUAUUUGAUAAAGUCACUUAGCUGACCCAGUAGUAAAGUGAUGGUUGUGGAAAGUAAACCUAGGUCUUCAAGAUACAGUGUAUUCACACCUCAUCGAUUUAAUCAGUAAUCUUUGCUGACAACUUUUCUAUGUGAAGCAAAAAAGUAUAUCUGAAAGUACAGUAUACUUUACAACUGUCAGACUAAAAUAAAAGUCAUACAUGCAUAGCCACUUACACUUCCUAAAGAAGCAUGAAGCCCAUCACACUGUUCUGUCUGGUGCUACAGAGAGACCAGAGAAAGAGAGAUGUGUAUUGUGAGCCUGAGUUGGAGAUCUGUGGGCACUGUGAAAGUUAAGGGGAUCUUAUGUGUUUUGAGCAACAGUGUUUCAAUGUUCAUGUAUUUUGGGUACCAUGAAAAAGCGGCACAUCUAGUACUUGUUGACUAAGUUUUGUUACUGGUGACAUUUGGGAACAGAGUGUGAUUGGGGAAUCUACAGCUAUGAUCAGACACAGUGAACACGUUAUGAAUGCUCUGUAGCUACAUAUAUAUUGUGUACUUGUGAUAUCAUGUGUAAUUGUCCUGUGUUAUUUAUUCAGUGGAUUGGACAAAUAUGCUUUAUUGUGGACUCCACAGUAAAACAAACAUGAAAAAGAAUGCCAAUAAAAAUUAAAUAACUUAA